AUGAACGCUCAAAUCAGCGGUGCGCACUGUGCUCUCAUCAGCGACGCUGGACGUAAACGUGCCAUCGCUUUUGGUCUCGAGACGCUCUACGACUGCAUCGUAUUUUCCUUGACGCUGUGGGCUCUUUUUGGCAAAAGAGUGCUCAGCACCUCUGCGACAAAGGGCUCGUCGGCAUACAGGGCGCGCAAAAGUCUGCUCCGAUCCAGUGCAGUGUAUUUCGGUCUCAGUUUUUGUCUGAACCUCGGAUGCAUGAUGGCCCAGUUGGUUGCGGCAGACGACGUCGUCAAGAGCUCGAUUCCCGUACCCAUCUACUUUGCACUGAGCGUCAUCUUUGCGGUUCGCCUGGUGUACAACUCGAUCGAAGAGCGACUUGGCGAAAGCAAAGACAUGUUCAGCGCCGCGGAGAGGAGCUCUAAAUGCGAUGCGUGUGGCGGCGGGAGACGUGCUGCUCGCAUUGCCGUACCACGCGGUCAGGACAUCCCACACGCAGCAUCGGGAACUGAGCACAUUCUGGAAUUGCACGAAUCGACAACGAGAGCAGAGCACAAGCCACGGUCGCUGAGCAACCCAGCUCAGCCAGACAAUGGCAGCUUCGACACCGGCAGCCAACACGUCCAUGGCUUUGUUCCGCCAAACGAUUGGCACGUAUCGAAAGAUGAGCCGCGCACGCGGGAGUACAUCCUGACACCCACGCCCGCCCACGUCGUGCCCCAAUGAGACAUAGAGUCCCGGCUGUCCAGAGCUCCGCUUUCCCUCCUUGUACAUCCCAUCAGCGCUGCUCGCGUCGAUGGAGUGCUCGCUCGCGCGUCCAGUGCGCCCGUGCAUGCACCUGCGCUCACGACUUGCGCACUGCCACGACACACGUGAAAAUCGAAUCACAUGACUCGAACCCCGAAUUCGUGAUUGAAAGCGUGAUUGAAAGAUUCAAGUCGU